AUGGCGCCAUUGCAUACACUUCGCGCCGCAGCGCUCUUUUGUGUCCUCCUGAUCACCGGCGUGGCGUGCAUUGGCGUUACCGGCAUCGAUGCCAACUCCGAUGUGAUAGUGCAGACGACGCCGGCGCAGCCGCUGCUGGAUGUUGUCUUCCUUGCCACCACCUCGCUAGACCCUGACAGGACGCUGUAUAUCUCUUCUACCAGCAACUGCGGCAGUCGGAUCUCGCCAAUCUGCACGCAGGGUCACACCCAAGUCGGCGUAAACUACAACAGCUCAACCUGCAUCUUCAACGUCACGUCCGCCUCUCUCGGCUUGAAUGCGGCGACGACGUCGUUGAUUCCCGCACUGCACUGGUGUAGCAGCGCCACCGGCUCCACCUUCUUCGCGACGUUGCACAUGAACGUGGUGCGAAUGACACCCGCCUAUGCCUAUUAUAGUACGGUGACGACCUUUACCUUCAACCUGGCGACCCCCGUUGGCACCACGGUGGGUCUGUACACGGAGAGCAGCUGUUUUAAACUGUUGGGUGGGCUGUCAUUGACAACGCUGGAGAGUUCGCGCGAGCUGACGGCGGACAUCGGCCCCCGCACGGUCACGUACGUCUGUGCGUCCAUUCCAACCGUCUUCAACAGCGUCACCGUCAUGGCAGUGCGCUCAGUUGUGUACGGCGUGUCUCCGUACGACAUCUACACUACCCAGGGCAUUCGCCACCGUAACGUCGCCAUCAGCUCCUCCACUUCGUUUCACUACAUGUCGCUCUCCACCGACCCGCAGUGCUUGACGCUGGCGCAGCCAUAUCAGCAGACGGGGACGGGCGAGGCCCUGCUGACCGUCAAGGUACCACGCGGCUCGUACUACUUCUGUGGUGUCAUCAUCCGCGGCCUCGAGGGGGUUGGAGUGUUUGUGCCGGCUCGUAGCACAUUCGAGGUUCUGGAAUACGGCCUUCAGCCGCACACCAUGUACGCCGAGCACGCCACGCCGAUGUCCUUCUCACUGGACGCUGUGGCUGGGCAGAGCGAGCUGCAGGGGGCCCUCUUCACGACUGCCGAUUGCGGCGUGGCGAGCGGUACGCCGGUAACAAGCUGGAGCACAUCGAUGACGUGGACGGUUGAGUUGCCAGGCACGUACUACGCCUGUGUGCGCACACGUGGCAGCACCCUAGCCACCGAAGUGGGCUACGUAAAUGAGGUCGUGAUCUCUAACAUCCCUGCCGUCUCUCUCGCUCGCCAGCCGGCCAUCAUGGGUCUCGGCGAGCUGGCCACGGUGACGCGCAGCGCCAUCGAUGACGUCCCCGCAGCUGUGGUGACGGUCGGGCUGUCGGCUAGCUCGAGCUGCACUACUCUCUUUGCUGGGGGCAACACAACGGAGAUGGGCAGCACGGCCCCCUUUUAUGUGCCUGAGAGCUCACCGAGUACUAUCUACUAUUGCGUGUCGAACCGGCUCACCACAGACGCGAGCGGCGGUAACAGCAGUGAGUCCACCGUGGCGGUCUACUACCCGCUUGGACUGCUAGAGCUGCGCACCUACGGCCUUUCCUACCCUCCCCUACGCACCAAUACAACGAUGGAGGUGGGUCUGGACACCGACGUUACGUUUGAUGACAACACCUCCAUAUGCCUGACGCCUGCUCUUCUCCCCAGCAGCAGCAAUGACGCCACUAGCAGCAGCCUCAUCGAGGAUGACGCUUGCGACGCCGCAAUCGCCGCCAGCAACGAUCGUGCCAUAACAUUUCAUCUCUCCAGCCUCACUUUUCAACUCUCCCCCGUGUCGUUCUCAGUGGCGGGCAGCUGGCUUCUUUGCGUUCGGGAGCCUCGCGUGAUGGGCAGCGCGUACAUGCGGCUACGCACGCUGCGCGUGUACGGCAACGCUACUGUGACCCCGGGCGGCGUUAUCCGAGGCAUUCCAGCACGGCUUGACGUAGCAGCAAUUCCACCAUCAACGGCAGUGAGCUUGACGACGGACAGUGACUGCUCGGCCGGUAUGCCGGUGGUAACCACGACGCAGUCGAGCUUGAUUGGCACGGCCUCCCUACUCUUCACAUACCCCACCAUCGGCAACCUCCUUCUCUGCGUUGGCUACCGAGGGGAGCACAUGUCACAGGGCACGGCAGCGCAGCUGAUGGUGGCUGGUACUGUGGCGAGCACGGAUGUCCGUGUCGUGCCAUCUCUGGCCGUCGAUUCAGUACUGACGCAGCUGACUUUUUCCGCACCAGGCGCGUCGUUGCUGAGGGGCCACACCGCGCUGCUGGUGCCACCAAACGCUGACGGCAGGAGCCCGACUACCUGUCCUACAUCCGCCACUGCUGAACACAUUCAGCUCCCCAUAUCCGUGCCUCCUUCCAGUACGGCCGGCGAAAUCGCCGUUGCCUCCUUCACCCCUGCCAGCAGCACGGUGGGCACCGCGUACCUUGUGUGUGUUGGCCAGGCCGGCGCAUUUGUUCCAACUGGGGCCCUGACCGUCGCCACCGCGCCAACGGUGACGGCUGAUCCGUCGCCGCUCGCCUUUGGGCUCCCAGCAUACGUGUUCUUCAGCAGUGCGAUCAUGUCCCUCUCCCAGGCAGACACAUUCACCGUUAUCAAAGUCACCGACAGCUGCACUUCGGACCUGAGCGUCGCCACUGUAUUGGCCACGGGGAGCAUCAUCCCUUCCACAGGGGCUGCACAACCGUUUCUAGUGCCGUCUCUCUCUAGCGCAGUAACUUCGGUGCGACUGUGCGUGGCGCAGAGGAGCCAGCUCGUCGACAAGACACUCGGCUACGCAGAUGCAGGCGCCAUAGCACUGAUCACUUUCACGUCCGUUACGAGGUAUGCGCAGCGGCAGCGACCGAAUAUCCUGGUAGGCACACCGCUCCUCAGCACCGCAACACUCUACCUGACCAGCUGCACCAGCGUGGGGUGUGCGGCUAGCAACGCCGACGCCACAUGCUCUUCCGCCCAUGCGACGAAGUACACCACCUCCAGCGACUCACUACUCACCGCUCCAGUAGGCACAUACUUUCUGUGCCAACAAGUGACGUGGGGUACGGUGACGUCGGUGGUGGGCUCGAACACGACGGUGGAGGUGGUGGAGCCGUUCGGCAUGACCCUCUCCGUAGACCCCUCUGACAUUCGCGCGUACGUGCCGUUUGGCGUGACGAUGUCUGGCGGCCCUGGCGGUGCGUCGGCGGGACGCGCAGACUAUCGCCUCACCGUACAGCCGGCGUCUGUCCCGUGCGCCGAGAGCGCCGCGGAGUCGCAGAGCUUUGUGGUGGGUGGCGGCACGACGGAGCUCACCAUCACGGACAUCGCGCCGGUGCAGAGGAUCCACUUCUGCGUCCGACCGUCGCCUGUCGACGCCUUCGAGGUGCUGACUGGUACGCUGCGGCACUACAUGGCGCCUGCCGCGGUGGUCGGCGACCGUGCGACGACGCUGACGUCCGGCGGCGUGACGGGUGGCGCCACGGCGGUGCUGUCGCGCACGGCGGACUGCCUCGGGGGCGUUGCUGGCGGCGGCGCCACGCCGAUCGUGGACGGGAGGGCGACGUUCACUGUCGCGUCGUGCGGCGCGAACGCGGCGCUGACGUCGCUGUACUACUGCGAGGCUGCUGAUGGCGGCGCGUACGCGUCCCGCGGGGCCGUGGGGCUGCUGCGCGCGAGCGGGUGCGACGGUGGCGCCGGCGCGAGCAUUGCGGCGGUGGACGCGGCGCCCGGCGCUGCGAUCGGCCGCUUCGGGAUCGACGCCGCGUACCUGGCGAGGCCGCGGCUGUCUGCGUCGCCCGACUGCGGGGUGCUGCUGGACGCUGCGGUUGCGAGCGUUGGGUACGCGCCCGGGGCUGGCGAGCGCGCCGCGUUCCACGUGUGCGCGGUGCUCGUGGGCGACGCGAGCGUGACGUUCACGACUGCGCAGCCGACGCUGCACGUUGCGAACUGGGCUGUGUCGCCGACUGCUGCUGUGAGCCGGUACAACGCGACGCUUGGCGUUGCUGGCGCCGGCGCGGUGCGCGUGGACUACGCGACGCCGUCGAGCGAGACGUUCUUCAGCACUGCGCGCGACUGCAGCGUGCGGACGGCGAGUGCCGCGGGGCUGAGCGGCGCGUCGAAGACCGCGGCGUACCGCACGACUGGGGUGCGGGGGCUGGUGUACGUGUGCACUGUUGCGCCGCUGAGCGGGGAGACGCUGGCGGUGGCGCAGUUCCUGUCGGUGACGCCGCCGGCUGUGCGGCGCGUAUCGCCCGCUGUUGUGCGCGGCGCCGAGUACAGCGCGACGCUGGUGGUGGACGGUGCGCCGCCGCUGUACUCGAUGGUGCCUGGGGCGGACAGCGGGUACGCGCACAGCGGCUACUACACGAGCGCGAGCCGCGAGGUGUACAUGUCUGGCGACGCGUGCGCGAGUGCGCUUGCGGGGACGAGCGCGGCGACGGUGACGCCGAGCGGCAGCGUGUCGUUUGCAACGGCGGGGAUUGCGGCGAGCGUGAGGACCGUGUCGCUGUGCGCGGUGACUGCUGGCGGGCCGGCGGUGGUGCUGGCGGGCGUGGUCGUUGCGCCUGGCCGGGUGCACCCGACGACGCUGGUGUCUGGGGCGCUGGGUGCGCCGGUCUUCAUACCGAGCCUGGGGGGCGUGACCGUCCAGCUGAGCGCGUCUGCGAGCGGGUGCGGGUCUGCUGCCGGGAUGCCGAGCUUCACGACGGACGUGGAGGGCUACGGCACGGUGGACCUUGUGGGCGGCGACGGCGGCGCGCUUGCGCCGGGCACGUACACGCUGUGCUACGACGGCGCGCUGCGUGGUGGCGGCGGUGCUGCUGCGACGGCGCUGGAGUCGGUGGUGCUUGUGCGGGCCUCGUACUUCGACGUGCGCGGGACGACGUUCGUUGUGGGCGUGGCGGGCCGGAUGCUGCUGCAGCAGGACCUGACGGCUGCGGCGCUUGUGCCCGGGUUCAGCACUGUGCGCAGCUGCACGUCUGUGUCGAGCGAGCACGGGGCGUGGGCUGCUGUGACGAGCACGUCUGUGUCGGUGACUGCGACGAGCGAGUACCGUGCUGGGCUGUACCUGUGCGCGCGUGCGCCGGUGAACGGGACGCUUGUCGCGGUGCCCGGGGCGUGGGCUGGGCAGCGGAGCGUGCGGUUCGCUGCGUCUGCGAUACAGCUGCCGUCUGCUGGGUGGGACGCGUGCACGACGUACACGCUGGACCGGUGCUACCCGCCGGGCGCGAGCGCGAGCAGUGCGACGUCGGUGCUUGCUGUUGUGCGCGGGGACUGCUGCGGCGCGUCGCGCACGAGUGCGGUUGUUGGGGAGGCGAGCAUGGCGAGCGGGACGUGCGAGCUGACGCUGGACUACGACAAGGUGUCCGCGUACCCCGCGGGGUCGACGUACCACGUGUGCGUGUGGGACAGCGCGGACGACACCGUGUGCACGACUGUGAGCGAGGCGCUGGUGAGCACGAACUGCACGCGCGGUGGCGGCGCUGGCCGCGGGCUGAGCCGUGGCGCUGUUGCCGGUGUCGUUGUCGCGUGCGUUGUGGGUGGUGGAGUUGUGGUGAUGGUUUUAUUUGCUGUGUGGUUCUUCUGCCUCUACGGCCGGCCUGCUGCUGCCGGGGACGCUAGCGAGGACUGUCGUAAGGGGAGUGUGGCCGUCUUGGCGGACUCCGUGACACGCAGUUUUAGGUUUUCCCCUACCGGGGACUGGAGUACCGCUGUGAGAACCCCUGAUGUGAGAGCGUUUCCUGAAGAGGGUCAUGAGCUCGGGGAUGAGCUUGAAGAGUGUGGUGAAUCGGGACCGGUCUUUGGAGAUCACCCCGUUAUGCGAAGGGACAUGCGCAAGCCCGACUCGAGCUUGGGCAUCGCUGACACUCUGGAUGAGGUGGCGACUAUUGGUAAUCCUAUAGUGCGACUGACGAUGAAGCACGUGGAGGAGCUCAUCAGGUGGAGCGAUACAUGGCGGCCGUCGGCGCUGCAGCUUGUUGAAAUGUGGCUCUGUGCUGUGAAACCGGUCUUAGCCGAAGAGGCGCUGCAGUCCUACGCAGUACCUCCCGGAGAGCCCUCGAUUCUGUCCCUACACCACGCGUUGUCGCUAGAGACAGAGCUGACGGUGGUGCUCAACUCUCCACAACAGCUACGCAGUGCGGCAGUAGCAAAGCCGCCGCUGCACCGUUCGCCGACACCGAUGCCACGGUCACAACAGAGAGGGCAAGUACAGCUGCAACAGCUGUCGCAACAAGGCUGUCCGGUAGAGGCGCAGAGGUGGUCGCCUUUAAUCCCUCCGCCGCAGUGCUCCUUGCCAACGCACAGCCAAGAGUUUUUGCUGUCUGUUGUGUCGCGAGAGUUGACGCCGGAGGACAAGGCGCUGUGGGUCUUGUCGGAGGACGGCGGCGACUCGGAGGGUUCCGUGAUGCGUGGCUUAAAUCGCUGCCCUUGUGGCACCGCAGCUCCACUUAUGCCGGUGGGACUGACAGCGCGGCACCUGGAAGAGGUGCGUGAGCGGAGUCACCGGAUGCCAUGCCUCUACAGGGAAGAGAUGCGACAGUGGUUGGAGGGUGCGAUGGCCGUGCCCGAGGCACGGGCCUACAUGGCGAGCCUCGCUGCCAAGGCUGACAGCAAUCCACCAUCAUCACCAUCGGCCCCGCCUCAGGGGCCCGCCAAUCGGGCGGUGUCACCGCUGGUCGUUGUGAACCAGAAAUGUGUUUCCUUCGGAAAGUCUCGAACGAUGCCGACUUCAUUGCGCAUUGCUCCAGGGACUGCGCGGGCCAUCGUGCCAAGCGCAGCACCGCCUGUGUCUGCGCAGGCGCAGGCGUGGCCGCUUCCAGAAGCGCGCAACUCGUCGCUGCGGUCUCGCUUCGAUUACGCACGGGUUCCGACCCUCAUUCGUAGCGCCUCCGUCUCCUUUGGCGUGUCUUUUGACACCAGCGGGGCGCUGCGACUACCACAAUGCGUGCCAGCCACGGCAGCGACGGACUCGGCUCGCCUUGAGCAGAAACAGAGCGCGCCUCAGCUACCCGACUUGCCAUCACCGUCAAGCGAAUGGCCGCCGAUGUACACCUGGUACGAGCUGGCCAGCAUCGGACCCGCGGUGACGGGCAACAUGGAUAGCAGCUCCAUCAAUCACGGUAACUGGCAGAGCUCUGGGGUCAGCGGGCCGUUGCCGUCGUGCGGUGACGCUGCUGAUGGGUUUCACCGGUACGAGAGCCAGUGGCAACAAUUCUUGUGA